UCCACUUAAAGCACAACCCAUUCACUUUCCAUAAACUACCUCUUUUCCCCCUUUCAAUUUCACACACUCCUUCAAAGCAAGAGAGAGAGACUCAAAGAAUUCGUUAAUGGAAAUAUCAUAUGAUCAAGAACAUCAAUUACUUUCUUCUUCUGAUCCAGUAGUACUACCAGAUGCUGAAUUCCAGAGACCAAAAGAAGCAGAAGAUCAGGAAGAAGAAGAAGAAAGAGAUGAUGAUCAAGAAGAAGAAGAAGAAAGAAAGAUAGAAACUUGUGGUGAUCUCCAAAUGGAUGGUCAUGAUGAUGAAUCAAGAUUCAAUCAAGAACUCAAUCUUAUCGACAGUUUAAACAUGAUGGGUAAUUCAUCAGAAAGUACAACUCCACAAGAAUCAGAUACAACUGAACCUAGGGUUUUCUCAUGCAACUAUUGCCAAAGAAAAUUCUAUAGUUCACAAGCACUAGGGGGUCACCAAAAUGCCCACAAAAGAGAGAGAAAUCUUGCAAAAAGAGGACAAAGAAUGGGGUUUCUUUCAAGUCCUAUGAUUUCAGCAGCUGCAGCUUUUGGUCAUACGUAUAUGCAUCAGCAGCAACAUCAUGAUCAAAAUUAUUGUUCCAGUCUUUCUUCAAUUCCUCUCCACGGUGGCUAUAACAGCAGCAGAUCACUUGGAAUUCAGGUACACUCAAUGAUCCACAAACCAUCUUCUAUGUUCUCGACUUCUUCUUCUUCGGGGUUCAAAAGCUUUUACGGACCAAAAGGCUGGUCAUCAAGACCUCACGUUGAUCAGCAACCAGCCAUAGGGAAGCUGACUUUAGCAAGCUACACCUCAAGUCUGGCGGCAGCUCCUCCAUCCCACGGUGGUGUUGGGAGGUUUGAGGUGGUUAGGACAGGAAUGAGUUCAACAGGUAAGGAUGAGGUUGGUGGUUUAUGGUGGCCGGAGUUGAAGACUAAUCAAGAUGAGUCACAAAAACUUGACUUGUCCCUCAAGCUCUAGUCAGUUCCCCCUUGAUUACCCCAAAU